AUGGCUACCUUGUCACAGUCGGAGUGCAGACGCUUAUAUUCUUGGUGGUGGGAUAGCCACAACAGCCCAAAGAAUUCAAAAUGGCUUCAGGAGAAUCUUACAGAUAUAGACACCAAAGUCAAAUCAAUGAUCAAGCUCAUUGAAGAGGAAGCAGAUUCAUUUGCAAGGAGGGCAGAAAUGUACUAUAAGAAGCGUCCGGAACUCAUGAAAUUAGUGGAGGAGUUCUACCGAGCAUACCGGGCAUUAGCAGAGCGAUACGAUCAUGCAAUGGGGGAGCUACGUCAUGCACAAAAAACAAUGCCAGAAGCAUUUCCCAACUCAGCAUAUUACAUUCUGAAUGAUGAUUCACCAUGCGGUUCUUUGGGCCCUGAGGCUCAAUCACCAGGACCAGGAUUCCCCCCUCCAGUUCAUCGAUCAAAAAAUAAUAAAAGGAGUUCAGAAGAAUCUGAUGGUGAAGUUCAAACCUUAAGGGAAACCAUAUCCAAAAUGCAGCAUGACAAGGAUGCUCUCUUUGUUCAGUACCAGAAGAGUUUGGAGAAGUUGUCCAAAAUGGAGAGUGAUCUUAAUAAGGCACAAGACGACGCUGAAGGCCUUGAUGAACGAGCGAGUAAAGCUGAAAUUGAAGUCGAAAUUUUGAAGGAAUCUCUGAAUCAGCUAAAAGCGGAGAAGGAUGCUGGUGAAGUUCAGUACAACCAGUGUCUAGAAAGUAUAGCUAGACUGGAAACAUUGUUAUCUCUGGCUCAGCUGGAAGCCAAGGGAUUUGAUAACAGAGCUGCUACGGCAGAAAUUGAAGCCAAAAAUCUGAAGCAAGAACUUACCAGAAUGGAAGCUCAGAAGGAUACUGUUUUUCUUCCAUAUAAGCUGUGUCUUGAAAAGAUUCCAAUGUUGGAGGGCAAGAUAACAAUUGCUGAGGAGAAUUCCAGGAUGCUAAAUGAGCAAAUUGGAAGAGCAGAACUGGAAAUCAAAGCAUUGAGGAAGAAACUUACUGAAUUGAAUGAAGAGAAAGAGUCUCUUGCUUUCCUUUACAAUGAGUGCCUGAAGAAAAUAUCUUCAAUGGAGAAUGAAAUUCUGAAUGUGCAAGAAAAUGCUGAACAACUAAAAAAAUCAAACCAAAAUCUUCAGUUAGAGGCUGAAAAUUUAGUACAGAAAAUAGCAUUGAAAGAUCAAGAGGUUUUAGAAAAGCAUACUGAGAUAGAAAGAUUGAAGACUCUGAUGCAUGGAGAGCAUUCUCACUUUAUUCAAAUUGAAUCUGCUCUACAGACUCUACAGAAGUUGUACUCUCAAUCACAACAGGAGCAAAGAAAUCUUGCUUUGGAGCUUAAAUAUGGACUUCUGACUUUGAAGGACUUGGAACUUGCCAAACAAGAUUUCAAGGAAGAGAUGAAAGAGAUUGUGGAAGAAAACAAGACUCUCCAUGAACUUAACUUCUCUUCCACAAGGUCAUUAAAGAAACAGCAAAUGGAAAUCUCUAAGUUGAAGGAGAUCAAAGAGAAACUUGAACGGGAGUUCUCUGUAAAUGCUGAAGAAAGCAACGCCCUCCAGCUUGAAACUCGCCAAAUAAAGGAUGAUAUACAGUACUUGAAUGAGAGAUAUCAGGCUAUGCUGGAACAACUACAAAGUUUAGGUUUAAAUCCUAAUUCUCUUGCAGCAUCUGUUAAAAAACUACAAAAUGAGAACUCAAUGCUAAAAGAGGCCUGCCAAAUGGAACAAGGUGAGAAAGAAGCUCUUCGCAAAAAAUCAAAGGAUAUGGAUGAAAUUUUGAUAGAAAAUGCCUUUAUAGAGUUUUCCCUUUUAAGACAGGAUGAUGAGCUAGAUGGAUUAAGAGGAACAGUGAAGGAAAUUCAACAGUUAUGUCAAGUUCUCCGGGAAGAAAAAUCCAUUCUCGUUGAUGAGAAAAUGGCUCUACUUUCACAGCUGCAAGUUAUGACUGAAGGUAUGCAGAAGCUAGUGGAGAAGAAUAGCUUGCUUGAGGAAUCCCUCUCUGAUGCGAAGAUUGAGUUUGAAGGCUUGAGGACUAAAUCAGAUGAGUUGGAAGAAUGCUGCAAAUUGCUAAAUGAUGAGAAGAACAAUCUUGUAAAAGAAAGAAGCAUGCUAAUAUCUCAAUUGGAGAUGGUUGAGGCAAAAUUAAGUAACCUUGAAAAGAAGGUUACAAAUUUGGAGGAAAAAUAUGCUAAUGCAGAGAAAGACAAAGAAAAUGCAGGCAAUCAGGUAGAAGAACUCCGCCUUUCAGUUUUGGCACAAAAAGAGAAACAUUCUAAUCACAAACACUCAAGCGAGGCCCGACUUGCAAAUUUGGAGAAUCUAGUUCGAGUCCUACAGGAAGAACAGCGGUUGGGGAAGGUAGAAUUCGAGCAGGAACUUGACAAAGCUGUAAAUGCUCAAAUUGAGAUGUUCAUCUUGCAAAAUUGUAUUGAAGAGUUGGAGCUGAAGAAUUUGUUCCUGUUAACUGAAUGUGAAAAACUUGUUGAGAUGUCUAAAUUUUCUGAUAAAAUUAUAAUGGAGUUGGAGAGUGAAAAUCUUGUGCAACUUAUUGAAGAAGAGUUUUUGUUACAUAGAAUCAGAAAGUUUAAAAUGGAUAUCCAUAAAGUGUGUGGUGCUCUUCAGAUUGAUUCUGGUGUAGGGUGUGACAGCGGAAUCAAGCUAGAGGAAAUACCGAUAUCACGUAUAUUGGAAAAAAUUGAGGGAUUGGAAAGUUCUCUUGUGAAAAGCCAGGAGGAGAAUCAGCACCUGCUUGUUGAGAACUCUGUCCUUCUUGCUUCACUUCAGCAGCAUCAAUCUGAGGAAGAAAAACUUAAGUCAGAAAAAAAGAUCUUGGAGCAAGAGUUCGAGGACAUGAAAGAGCAGAAUGCAGUCUUGCAGAAAGAUAAAGUUGAACUUCUAGAGGAGAACAGACAACUGAGGAUUAAAGUGGUAAAUGGAGAAGAAAAAGAAAAUAGCUCAAAAUGCAGUUUGGUUGCUCUGCAUGCUGAGAUGACAGAUUUGCGGCGAACGAAUCAAGUGUAUCAAGAAGAAAAAGGUAAGAUACUUGAAGAGAAAAAUUCACUGCUCAAGAGUGUUUUGGACCUCAAAGAUGCAAUGUCCUCUGCUGAAGAUGGAAACAAUGUAAUGUUCCAUGAGGUACUAGCUCUAAGCAACCUCAAUUUGGUUUAUGAGAGCUUUCUCACUGAGAAAGCUGUCGAACAACAAGCACUUUGUGAACAUCUUGGCAAUCUUAGCCAUUUGAACAAUGACCUCAACCAGGAACUAGGCGUUUUAAGGAAGAAUUUGGAGCUGAAAGAAGCAGAGAAUGUUUUUCUGAACGAGUCAACUGAGAGGAUGGACAAAGAGGUGAUGGAAAUGGAGAAAAGGCUGAACGCUGCAGAGUCGCUGAAUGCAGAGUUUUCAAGACAUAUUGAAGACCUGAAGACGGAACAACAAGAUUCAAGACUGAUCAAAGAAAAUCUAGACAAGCAGAUUCUUGAACUAUCAGAUAAUUGCACGAAUCACAAAAAUGAAAUUGAACACCUUAAUGAUGCAAACGAAAGUUUACAGUCUGAGUUGGAAAGACUUUUUCAUGAAGUUGAGAAACACAGGGUUAGGGAAGAAACACUAAGUUUAGAGUUGUUGAAUAAAUCAAAUGAGUUCAAACUUUGGGAGAAUGAGGCUACUGUAUUCUAUUAUGAUCUCCAGAUGUCAUCUAUUUGUGGAACACUCUUAGAAAGCAAGGUUACCGAGCUUACUGGAGUUUGCAAGAGACUUGAUGAUGAAAGUUCUGCAAAAAGCUUGGAGAAUGAACACAUGAGAGAAAGAAUCAGUUUAUUGGAAAAUGAAAUUGGAGGACUAAAGGGGAAGUUAUCUUCAUAUGUUCCUGUAGUUUCUUCUUUAAAAGAGGAUUUUGCAUCUCUAGAGCACAUUUCCCUCCUUUGGACUAAUAGAAAUUCUGCUGUUAGCAAAGGAGUGCAAAAGGAUGUAGUAAUUGGGACUUCUCUCCAAGAACAUAGUCAUCAAAGUUUAAGAGAAAAUGAAAGUGAGUUAAUACCAGAUGGAGUUUCAGAUUUGCUGACAUUGCAGACAAGGAUCAAAGAAGUAGAAAAGAUUAUGAUGGAAGAACUUAAAAGACGCAUCAGGCAGAAAAAUCUUACCACAGAAGGAACCGGAUACUCGGCUUUGGAUGUUGGCUCAUAUCCAAAAAUUGACACCCGAAAAAAGGUGACAGAACUUAAAGAAGAGAGCAUGCUUGGCCAUAAUACAUGGAGGAAAAAACCCAAAAUUAGGCUGUUGAUGAAAGACAUUCCACUUGAUCGCAACGUGGAUGAUCGACGCUCCAAGUACUGGAAAAGAGAGCAUAGAAGAACUGAUGAUCAUAUGUUAGAGUUAUGUGAAACUAAUGAUCAUGAACCAGUAUCUGCUCCAAUCGAGGAUGUUAUAAUAUGCCAUCUUUCCGAUAAUUCAGGAAGAUAUCUAAAUUACUCCUCAGAAUUGGACAUAGAGAAGGAAUUAGGUGUUGACAGGCUCGAGUUGUCGAAAACGGUAAAAGAGAAAAAUGAAGAUGACAAAAGGAGGAGGAUCUUGGAGAGGCUUGUCUCGGACAGUCAGAAAUUAGCCAUUCUUAAAAUGGCUUUGCAAGACUUGAAAAAGAAAACCGAGACAAAGAAGAAAAGCAAGCAAGGAAACGACUUUGAAUAUGAAACAGUCAAAAGACAUAUAGAAGAAGUUGAGGAAGCUGUUAUGCAACAAGCAAGUACAAAUGAUCAAAUGGCAAAGAAUGUUGAAGAGGGAACUUUAUCACCUUUGGAUAGAGAGAUUCCAAUGGAACUGGAAAAAUAUGGGCACGUCGAAACAAGAAGAAUGACAGAACAGGCUCGAAGAGGUUCUGAACAAAUCGGUCGGUUGCAGUUUGAGGUACAGAACAUCCAAUACAUAUUGCUGAAAUUGGCUGAGGAGAACAACAUUAAAGUGAAAAACAGAAUCUCUGGAAAAACAGGUAUAUUGUUGAGGGAGUUUAUCCAAAUUGGAAGGACAAACAGCAAAAGGCGAAGAAAACUGCGUGUAUGUGGAUGUUCAAAGCCAUCAACUAAUGAGGAUUGA